UAAUUGACCUUGUUCCAUAAAUUUCUGUGAUUCUGUAAACAAAAUACAGAUUUUACAAGGAUCGUUUCUGCAGACAUUACUUAAAAUGCGAAGUUUAUAUCACUGUCAUUUUGUGACAUUACAGAACUGAAUGCCUAGUAUAACCACUCAGAUCUCAUUGUGUCUUUGCAUUGUAGUAAUAUUCUUCCGCAUAUUUUUUUUAAAUUUUGCACAUUCUAUUCCAUUCUGUUCUUCGAGGAACUCCCAUGUUUAUGGCCUCAGAAUUUCAUUUCGUUUUAUUGCCACUAAUGAAUCCCUAAACGAAACUUGUCAUAGAACCUCUCAUGCCUUCACAGAUAGUUUCCGUAGUAUUAUCAUGUAACAAGGGUGUUGGUCUUCUUACCUUUCGAAACCAGGAUUUUGAACAAAUCUCUUGGUAAUGGUUAGUACGCCGGCUAUGCUAGGAACGACGUGUUACGCUAAUUUCCACGAGAUCAGUAUGUAGUUGCUACUCCGUACUGCAGAUGGCUCCUCUCUCUUGUCCCCCUCGCUCUUCCAUUCUUGGCGGGUCGGGUUGGUUGGCUGCUCACUGACCAAUCGGGUUUGAGGUCGGGCUAGCCCGCGAGCUGGUUCGGGCUGGCUGUCCAUUUCAGUCGAUUCGCGCCCGUGCUUAGAGAUGGCCCGAAGGCCAAAAUCGGAGGAUCGUAGGCCGUUGGUUGACGUUGACCCCGCGAAGGCCAGCGUGCUGCAGCAGUUGGCAGAAGGGCACCUAGUCGCGACCCGGCACCAUAAGGCGGGGUUCAGUGGCAUUAGCGAUGUGUGGGCCAGGUUCUCGCUGCUCGUGAGGCCGUACUCUGACGAGUCGGUGGGCUUCGUGCAGUGCAAUUAUUGCCAGGGUGUCCUGCGAUACGACAGCCAUCGCACUGGUACCUCGUCCCUCCAACGGCAUCGCUGCAUGAGGAGCCUCAUGCAAGCUUCACGCCGAGUGUUACUUUCUGUAAUACGUGUACUUCUUCGCUGUGUUGGGUUGAAGAUCAUGUUUUAAGCAGCUCUUCUGAGUUGGGAAAUUAACGAGACGCCGGAUCAGAACAGACGCGUGCUCCUGAGGCCCUCGGCAAACAACAUCUGAUCUUAUGGGAGCGUUAUAAGGAAAGUAGCGUGUGUCGGUUGGAGAGGAGCUGUGAACGGGGAUGUGUAUUUGUGUGUGCUGUGA